GUUCAGAGUCCGGCUCACUUGAAUCAAGUGAGGAUAAGAAAGGGGAGAAAGCAUCCUCUUCAGGAGGGCCAAGCCGCGGACGUGGCCACAUUUUGAGUGGUCUGAUCAUUGAGGAAAACGUCGCCACAUCAGUGGGGUCCAGCCUGCACUACUCAGGGCAGUGCAAACCCUGUCGCUUUAUCACUUUUUCGAGUGGUUGUCGCAACAAAGCUGAUUGUCCUUUUUGCCACAACGAGGAGCACUUGACUGAUCCCACCACGGCUGAGCGCCCGCCAAAAGGUGUUCGCUCUGGUUAUCGCAAGUCCGUGAAUCAGGUUCUGGAAUCUGACAUGACCGACGACCAGAAGCGUUUUGCUUUGAAGCAGCUGGCACAAAGGAGUCCCUAUCUGCGGGUACUAGUCCCUUGGGAUCACGAUCGCAGCGGCAUCGGUUUCGGUGAACCCCGGUUCGGCUCUGGUCCGUCUUUACCUCUGGUGCGCAGAAUCAUGCCGGAGAUCGAAGAAGGUGAGGCGAAGAGCAUCACCAAAGUCGAUCCAAAAGAUUCUUCUAAGCAGGUCGAGAAGCCCAGGGAACCUGGCCUUCAGCCAUCGACAUUAAUUUCACUGUGACGCCGCAGGCAUCGCCGCAGGCAAUUUGGGGCACAGUCUGCUGGAGCUAAGCUCAGGGGGCGGUGUUUCUUUUUCCUCUCGGCGCGCCUAGGUGCAGUCCUCCCCAGUGACGCAAGCACCACAGUCAGUCCCAACACGAGUUGAGUUCUCAAAAUGACUUUGGGAAAUCAUGGAGGGUCAAUAUUUAGGACCCAGGCUGCAGAG